UUUCAUUUAUAUAAAUACAAAAUAUAUAAAGAUAUCCUGGGCUAUAAGACAUUGCUGGCUUAUAUAUCUAGUAGUCCAAUUCAUCAUGCCCAAUACAGAGUAUGAAUAUGAUUGUUGAAUGGAAAGGAAUGCCUCCACUCCCAAGUUUAAUUUUUAUGGGGAUAGUUUAAUGAAUGAAACAGGAAAAUAAUCCUUGAAAUGAUCUCUUUUGUCACUGGCAUGCAUAUCUGUAUAUAACCACCAAGCAUUUCCGCUAUAAUAGAUAAGGUUAUUUUUUUCAUACAAAAUUUUAGUUUAUUCAAAAAAGAUUAAAAUAAAAAACACCAAAACAUUUUAAAGAAAACAACAGAAAAAAUAUAAUAAGGAGACAUUUAAAAAGUGUCUUAAAGAAAUUAAUAAAUAUACAUCAAGGGUGUCAAACUCAAGGGGUCACAGCGGCGUCACAUGAUGUAUCAGGACUUUUUUCCCUUUUGCUAAACUGGGUGUGACUGUGGCUAGUGUCAGCGUUUCAGAAAACACCCUGCCAUUUUCCCAUGUGUGGGAAAGUAGGAGGAGGAAAGCCUCCGGCCUAGUAUGGCUUCCAAAGCUGACAGCUAGCACAUGAUGCAUCCGGCCUGUGGGCCAUGAGUUUGACAGUCCUGAUAGACAUCUAAUGUUCUCCCUAAUAGAAUGCUGAUUAGUAUAAUACAGCAAUUUUGGUUUUUCCCCUCCCCAUUGCGUAACAAGCCAAAAGAAUUUCAAACUUGUUAAACUACUAAAUCUAAUGGUUAAUAGACAAGAGUCUUAAAAGCAUCAUGAAGGAAUAUUAUAUUUUGUCUCUUCAUGCGAGUCCUGACAGUCCUUUCCGCAUUUUCAUUUGAGUGCCUGUGAACAGAUGCCUGUGAAAGUAGUCCUUCAGUUUUUGGAAAAAACAAAAGUUGUACCACCAAAUUGAUAUUUCUCCAUGGCAGAUGGGGCAUCUGAAUACAGCCAAGGAGGGCUUUACUCAAGCCAGCUUGGGUCUUCUUGCAAAUCAACGGAAACGGCAGUUACUAGUUGGGCUGCUAAAAUCUCUAAGAACAAUAAAAACCCUGCAACAGACUGAUGUCCGUUUGAGUGAAAUGUUGGAGGAAGAAGAUUAUCCAGGGGCUAUACAAUUGUGCCUGGAAUGUCAGAAGGCAGCUAGCACUUUCAAACACUACAGUUGCAUAAGUGAACUGAAUUCAAAAUUACAGGACACCUUGGAGCAAAUUGAGGAGCAGUUAGAUGUUGCACUUUCUAAAAUAUGCAAAAACUUUGACAUAAACCAUUAUACUAAGGUGCAACAGGCAUACAGGCUACUUGGAAAAACACAGACAGCCAUGGACCAACUACAUAUGCACUUUACUCAAGCCAUUCACAAUACAGUAUUCCAGGUUGUUCUAGGGUAUGUUGAAUUGUGUGCAGGAAACACCGACACCAAAUUUCAGAAGCUUCAAUACAAGGAUCUUUGCACACACAUUACAUCAGACAGUUACAUUCCAUGCCUUGCUGAUUUGUGCAAAGCUCUAUGGGAGGUCAUGCUGAGUUAUUAUCGGACAAUGGACUGGCAUGAAAAAUAUGACCAUGGGGAGUCUCCUUCAUCUUCUGAUGGAAAUAACAUCCUGGAUACUGAGGACACCAAUUUUGAUCGCAGCUAUGUGAAAAAAAAAUUAGAGCAUGGGCUUUCACGAAUAUGGCAGGAUGUCCAAUUGAAAGUGAAGACCUAUUUGCUGGGCACCGAUAUGUCUAACUUCAAAUAUGAUGACUUUAUAUUUGUACUGGAUAUUAUCAGCAGGCUGGUGCAAGUUGGAGAAGAAUUUUGUGGCAGCAAGUCAGAAGUGUUGCAAGAUUCCAUUAGAAAACAAAGUGUUAAUUAUUUCAAGAAUUAUCACAGAACUCGUCUUGAAGAACUGCGAAUGUUCUUAGAGAAUGAGACUUGGGAACUUUGUCCUGUUAAAUCAAGUUUCAGCAUAUUGCAACUUCAUGAAUUUAAGUUCAUGGCACAAUCACGUUCCCCAACUGUGUCACCAAGCAAGCAGCCUGCAUUAGAAACAGAAGGAGAUCUAACUCUUUUUGAGCAAUAUCGUAAUGGAGGAAAUCCCUUUGAAAUCCAAGCCAACAACAAGGAUGAUGAGACAGAAGAUGUGUUGGCUUCUAAUGGGUAUGAAUCGGAUGAACAAGAAAAGAGUGCCUAUCAAGAGUAUGAUAGUGAUAGUGAUGUACCUGAAGAACUGAAAAGGGACUAUGUUGAUGAACAGACUGGAGAUGCUCCUGUAAAAAGUGUUUCUCGAGAAACUCUGAAGAGCAGGAAGAGAUCAGAUUAUUGCCUCAACAAGGUGAAUGCCCCAAUUUUAACCAACACUACACUUAAUGUAAUUAGGCUUGUUGGUAAAUACAUGCAGAUGAUGAACAUUUUGAAGCCCAUUGCAUUUGAUGUGAUUCACUUUAUGUCGCAGCUUUUUGACUACUACAUGUAUGCAAUAUAUACGUUUUUUGGCCGAAAUAACACAUUUGAAUCAACAGGACUCGGACUUAGCAGCAGUAGGCUUCGUACCACCUUGAAUAGAAUCCAGGAAAGCUUGAUUGAUCUGGAGGUGUCCUCUGAUGCUGCUGGAACACUGACUGCUGUUGAAGAAAGAAAGGAAAAAGUUCCAAUGCCACAUCUAAGUCAUCUUGUAGUCUUGACAUCCAGCAACAGUCUUUAUGGCUUGGCAGAGAGAGUGGUAGCCACAGAAUCCUUAGUAUUUUUGGCUGAACAAUUUGAGUUCCUUCAGUCCCAUCUUGAUGCUGUAAUGCCUCCAGCCAAGAAGCCUUUUCUUCAACAGUUCUACUCACAGACAGUUUCAACAGCUAGUGAACUACGUAAACCUAUAUACUGGAUUGUAGCUGCUAAAGCAAUUGAUUAUGAACAGAUGUUACUUCAGAUGGCAAAUAUGAAGUGGGAUGUGAAAGAAAUCAUGUCACAACACAAUAUUUAUGUCGAUUCUCUCUUAAAAGAAUUUGAACAGUUUAACAAGAGGAUGAAUGAAGUGUCAAAGAGAGUUCGUAUUCCAUUGCCAGUUUCAAAUAUUCUUUGGGAACACUGCAUACGGCUAGCCAAUAGAACAAUUGUAGAAGGUUAUGCCAACGUCAAGAAGUGUAGCAAUGAAGGUCGUGCUCUGAUGCAAUUGGAUUUUCAACAGUUUUUAAUGAAGCUGGAGAAACUCACAGAUAUUAGGCCUAUUCCAGACAAGGAAUUUGUGGAGACCUAUAUUAAAGCUUAUUAUUUGACUGAAAAUGACAUGGAACGUUGGAUCAAGGAACACAGAGAAUAUUCCACCAAGCAACUGACCAAUUUGGUGAACGUUUGUCUGGGAUCUCACAUCAACAAAAAAGCUAAGCAGAAACUACUAGCAGCUAUCGAUGACUUAGAUAGGCCUAAAAGAUAAUUUAAAAGACUAUCGAGUCUUGUGAUAUUUUUUUUUUGGCCUGUGUUAUUAUUUGACCAUGUGAAAUGUGAAGAAAUAACUAAUGGAACUACAGAUGAAGUUUGGCUAAAUGGAGAAAGUGGGCAUCCUUUUCUGAUUGGCUCCAAAGACAUUUGAAAUCAGUGUGUGGUCUUCUCAAUACUCUAUCCCCACUGCCACUUUGGCAGUGUGCUUUCUUUCAUGAUGAGUUAAAUUGGUGUUUGUAUGUGUGGAUGUGCAUGUUUGUGUAUGCAUAUAUUUACACACACACUAACAUAAAAUCAGAAUAAGAAAAUAAUAAGAAAGCUAAAAUAAUAUAUUUCAUUGGUGUUUUGUUUUGUUUUUUGUUGGGGUUUUGGAGGUGUUUGGGGGAAUUUUUUGGGGGGGUCUCUUUUGCCAAAGGGUUCCCAGGUAGUUCUGUCUUCUAUGCUGAGAAAAUAGUAUGAGUGCAAAUAAAAGGGAACAUCUUGUAUCGAGAUUAUGAAUUGUGCAUGUCCUUUAAAAGUGCAAUGCUUAAUCCUGUUAGCGCUUUUUUUUACAUAACUUUAAAUGUAAAUUCAUUUCAGAAUGAAUCCUAUCUUGUUAAAAGAAUUGACUAGGAAUUAUGGCAAAAUAAUAAACACUGAAUGCUAGGAAA